UGCUCGCCUGACAGCACGAAUAUGCAGUCAGGCAGUAACACUGUAAACAUGCACCGGAUAGAUUACACUUCAAGUAUGUUAGUCACGUGUCAUCUGCCGGAAGCGACCUCUGUGCCACAGAGAAGGAAGCUAUUUGUCCAGAAUGGACAUCUUCCCCAAGUGUUCUGUCUGUCAUCAGCAGUUUGUCCUCAAAGGCCCCGCCCCCUACCUACUGCCCUGUCUACAUGCUGUGUGUGAGACGUGUGUGACAUCUGCAGCUGGUGGUGUGAUAUCAUGCUCUUCUUGUCAGACGGAGGUCAACCUCACAGACACAAGGCUCAAGAAGGAUGCAGUUAGACAGAAAGAAAUAUUCCAUCUGACAGUCCAACAUCGCCCCACAGAGCUUCUCUGUACACACGAAGAUGACGGCAACCAGGCUGUGUGUUGGUGUCGGGAGUGUGAAGAGCUCCUCUGUGAAUACUGCCAGAAUAUGCACAGCAACUUCAAACUUACAAGAAAACAUGUACUUCAAAACCUCAGCGACUUUAAACCAGCUGUCUCAAACAUUCCAACCCCUUGCAGUAUCCACAGCCCUGACUCUCUUUAUCUUUUAGAUCGGAGAUGCAACAUUUUGAUUUGUGGAAGAUGCAGAUUUGAAGAUCACGCAGAUCAUGAAGUUGAGAAGUUAGAUGUGGUAGCUAAAAGUAUCCUCAAACAGCUGGACCAACGCAAAACUGAGCUGGCAACCUUACAAGCUCGCCAACAAUCCCACAUUCAGAAUAUCAGACGAGGGACCGAAAUCACAGAUACAACGCACAACACGUUGACAGAAAAUAUUGGCCAUACUUUUAGAAGUCUGCGAUCACAACUUGACCAACGAGAGAAGGAACUUCUGACUGAUCUUGAAGGUCAGACGAAGGCGGCCAAGACAAGUCUCCGUACUCAGCUAAACACAUGUGAAGAAGUUUCGAAGAAAUGCUCUGAGGUUUUAGACUACGUCACCAAGGUUCUCACGUAUGCCUCACAAUCAGACCUCCUGGAGUUGGAGAGUUCUGUAAGGGAGGCAACUCGGGCUUUCCUUGACACUGUUGAGACUCAAACACAGGACAUACCCGCAGCUGCCUUUAACACCAACGGCUUGUCAAAGCUGAAAUCAAACAUAUCACGAUUUGGGGCCGUCGUGACCAAGGAAUUGGAAGAAGAAUAUGCAAGAGGUAUUUAUGUGAUUGCACGUUCUUUGUAUUGCGUGUAG